GCAAAUUUUUGGCACACAGCCUCUGCGGCACACUACAGAGAGGCAGGCACUCCGCUCAUGUUCACUCCACUCGCUGCUUUCCCUGGCGCGACCACGCACCCACCAACACUCCUGGCUUCGCGAUGAGCGCAGCACUGGGUCCUCGGUACGACAGGCCGCUUGACAACGAUGACGACAACGUCUUGAGCGAAGCAGCGGAAGGCCCGGCGCAGGGGGUACAUAGCUGGCUUGAGAUACUCCGCAGGUCGAGCAUGUUCACGCUCGCCUUGUUAACCCUGGUGGUUGUGCUGCUCUUCGCGGACCAGAACCUCCUCGCCCCCAACCUCUCGGCGAUCGCAGAGGAGUUCGGUUUCAACGAGGAAGAGAAGGACAGGCACCUGGGUGGUGACAUCGCUGUGGCCUUCUUCGGAUUCGGGGCACCGGCGUCGGUCCUCGUGGGAUGGCUGACGGACGUCAUCGAUAGGCGGAAGCUCUUUGUCGCCAUCGUAGCGCUCGGGGAGAUGGGGACCCUGGCGACGGUGUUCGUUACCACAUUCUCUCAGCUCUUCUGGACGCGGGCCAUCACGGGAGUUGCCAUCGGGGGAGGCAUGCCUCUCGUGUACAGCAUCUUGGGAGAUCUAGUGAGCAGCACGGGGAGGACGGAGGCGUCUGGGUUGAUCGGUAUCGCCAUCGGCAUGGGGUUGGGACUGGGUCAGGUGGUUGCCGGUUUCACUGGGAGUUCCACGAGCUUGGGGUGGCGGCUUCCGUUCCUGCUGAUGGCGCUGCCCUGCUUCGCGCUCGCGUUGCUCGUGUUGGUGGCCACGAGGGACCCCGCGAGAGGAAGGCUGGAAGCAGGCCUACAGGAGCAUUUUCGAGCGGGGGGCGAGUACAACGAGCGGCUGAACCUGAACGGCCUGCUCAUGCUCGCCAAGAGCCCAACCGUACUCCUAGUUCUUGCCCAGGGGGUUCCCGGCACCUUGCCGUGGGGGGUGAUUACGGUAUUUCUCCCUGAUUAUCUUCACAAGCAGAGAGGCAUGUCGAUUAAGACGGCAACUGUAGUCGGCAUGGUGUUCGGGGCGGCCACCGUGGCAGGCCAGGUGGUAGGGGCAAAGGUCGGCCAGAACCUGUACAAUCGACGGCCUGAGAAUCAAGCGCUUCUCAUGGGGGUGUCUACNGCGGGGACCCUGCCUUGCGUCAUGAUGAUCCGGUACUCGGGAGGCAUCUUCGGCGUCUACGCGCUGUACGCGAUGGCGGGGGGAUUCCUGGCCGCCAUGACGGGGCCCAACAUCAGAUCGGUGAUGAUGAACGUCACCCUUCCCUCCACGCGAGGGACAGCUUUCGGAGUCUUCAAUGUCUUCGACGACCUGGGCAAGGGCCUCGGCCCGGCAAUGGUGAGCCUUGUCGUGGCGAGCAGGGGGAGGGAGGACGCCUUCACGCUGGCCAUCCUGGGGUGGCUCGCCUGCGGGACGAUGCUCCUGGCCAUGGCUCUCACGGUACAUCGCGACGAACAAAAGGUGCAGUGCCACCUGGCGGAGUAUGGACGACAUAGCAGCGUCGACACCGACGGCGGCGCUCCCGAACCUCAAGCGUCCGUAGGCCCGACGAUGUUGGGACGCGGGGUCACGGCGGCGACCAAGUAUGCCGCGCUCUCAGAUCACAUCACCAGCGCGAGCACCCGCGCCGGGACAACCAGCGCCCAGGGGGGCGACGCGUUUUCCGACGGGGAGAUGGAGGUGGAACUCGGCGUUUUCGGGCCUGACGGUGACCAGCCCAGACGGCGACUGAUAGUGUGAAUUGGAGGGUUGGCGUUUGACUGGUUAAACCAGGGGGGGUUGGUGCAGAGCGGAAGGGUGUGGGGG